CCGCACGAGUUCGCCAUCUUGAAGAAUCAAAGAAGAUGGCGUCGCGUCCUUUUUAAUAGAUUUUUACCCUUUUUUCAAAGCCUUUUUGAAUUUUAAGAGUAAAAUAACAUGACUCAAUAUCUCCCUUCGAAUCUUCUUGCUUUAUUUGCGCCAAGGGAUCCUCUUCCUUUCCUUCCUCCGCUUGAUAAGCCAACGUGGUUGAAGAAAAAACCCUGGCUUUAUCAAGGAGUUUCUUCGUAUUUACACGUGUUCGAGGAUCCUAAGGAUACUCCACCUCCAACUAGAGCUGAAACAAGAGAGGAAAAAAUCUUAAGAAAGAGAAGGGAAAAAGAAGAACGAGUUAGGAGCGAUAUUGAAGAAAACAUUAAAGAAUAUAAUCCUCAACUUGAUCCCAAUGCUGAUGGUGAUGCAUUUAGAACACUGUUUGUCGGCAGAAUUAAUUAUGAUACCUCAGAAUCCAAGCUACGAAGGGAAAUGGAAAUAUAUGGACCAAUAAACAACAUCACGAUGGUAAUUGACAAGAAGACAUCUAAACCCAGAGGGUAUGCCUUCAUUGAAUAUGAACAUGAACGAGACAUGCACGCGGCUUACAAACAUGCUGAUGGAAAAAAGAUCGACGGCAGAAGGGUUGUAGUUGAUGUAGAGCGAGGACGGACUGUAAARACAUGGAGGCCAAGGAGAUUAGGUGGUGGUCUGGGUGGAACCAGAGUGGGAGGACCUGAUCAAAAUGUCAAACACUCAGGACGUGUGGAUAGCACUGAGAACUAUGAUGAUAGCAAGGAUCGUGAUAGAGAACGUGAAAGAGGUGAUAGAGACCGCAGUCGUGAUCGUGAAAGACGUGAACGUCGUGAGCGUGACCGUGGCGAGCGUGACCGGGGCGACCGUGAUCGCGGCGAUCGUGAUAGAGACCGAGAUCGUGACAGACGAGAACGAGAUAGAUAUAAGGAGCGUGACAGAGAGGGCAAAGAUAAACGUAAACGCAGUAGAUCACGUGACAGGGACCGGGAUCGUGAACGAGAAAAGAGGCGGCGUGAUCGUGACCGAGGAGAACGUGACCGAGGAGAGCGUGACCGAGGAGAGCGUGAUCGUGGAGAGCGUGACCGUGGAGAUCGUGAUCGUGGAGACCGUGAUCGUGAAGAGCGUGAUAACGAGCGUGACAAUGAUCGCGAUUAUGAUCGCAAUGAUGACCGUAUGAGGGAUGAGCCCGAAGAGUACGGACAGUACGCUAACAACAACUCGGUGCAUAAUAACGCUGACUUGGAGAUGGUGGACUGAAAUCUAGUAACGUGACUUUUUUUUAACAUUUAAACUAACAAUGCGACCCAACGGACCUUAAAUAACUAUUGUAACGUAAUGGUUAUCACGUGAUUAACGGCAUCACGUGAUAACUACAUUAGUCGACGACUUGGCCAAAGUUACUUAACUUGAUGGGGACAAUAAUUUGUGGAACUUCAAGUAGAGUGUAAACCAUACAUCCGUGAAAAAGUUAAAUACUAUCAAAAUGGUACAAAUUAGUGCAAAACUUUGUAGGUCUACAGUCUACUGAGGUCACUGAACUUACUAAUUUGUGCCAUUUCUUACGAUGGCUCUCGCGGAUAUAUGCUAUGCACUCUUUUGUAAUACUGAAACCUAUUCACUGUUUGUCACGACGUGAUCUGAUAUCUCAUUGACAGCCUUAAACUGUAUUCUUUUACUCACUUUAGUUCGGUACACCAAUAUUUUUGUCAUCUCAUCUCAUCUCAUCCCACCACAUAUUCAUUUAUAUACAUUGAAAUAAUCUUAAAUGAAGCUAUCGUGUAGAUGUAA